UUACCGGUGCCGCAUCGCAGCUUUCCCUCGCUUCUCGCUCCGGAGACACGGAGGAUCACGCACCGCCUGGCUCGGGAUGGCCGGGCUGCGGGGGGAUCGGGGGAGACUUCACCAACUGUAGCCGGCGCCUCCCGGUAGGAAGGGCAUCCCGCCUGCCCGCUGCAGCUCCCGUGCAACAUGGCCAGAGCCGCCGGAGGAUGCAUUGCAGGCGUCUGAGCCUGUGAACCUGUCCCCAGAUAAAGACCAGGAUCAGUUAGGACAAACACAGGGCAACGUUUUCAUCGCCGUCCUGCGUGUUUGCUGAGACCUUGGAUAAAAUGCUUAAAAAGAAGACGACCCACAGGGUACAGCAGCUGACCCAACGUCAAAUAUGUGACUCAUGGCCCCUCCAGCAAAAAGAUCGGGAGCAGUUUCUGGGUUGGUGCAAGAACCCCACAGGAUGCAAAGAAGAUGAAGAUGGGAGGAACCUGUCUGGGUCUGCCAGUUGGCCAGCACUUGCUGACUCUGGGACACAGGCACUUUUCAAACAAAUGGAGAAACAUGAUGGAUUUCAGAAAAUUCAGACUGUUUGUUUGCCUUGUAGGGCUCAGCUGUAUUAGCUUCUGGGUUUUUUACAACAAUUUGACUGAAUUCUGUAUAUUCUGUGAAAACAGCCAAGAUUACAUAUUCCCCAUAGAGACUUUUAGGAGAAUCGAAGGAAACUUCUCACAUCUCCCAGAUAUAGACUGCCGUAAGAACCCGCCUUUCCUUGUCCUGCUUGUGACAUCCUCGUACCAUCACAUUGACGCCAGGAUGGCCAUCCGGCAAACCUGGGGGAAGGAGAGAAUAGUUGCUGGCAAGCGCCUGGUGACAUAUUUCCUCCUGGGAAGCACUGUGAACCUCAGCCAGCAGGCUGAUAUUGCUGCUGAAAGCCAAAAGUACAAAGACAUUAUUCAAAAGAAUUUUACAGACACAUAUUACAAUUUGACUUUGAAGACCAUGAUGGGAAUUGAAUGGAUUCACAGAUUUUGUUACCAGUCCAGCUUUGUGAUGAAAACAGACACAGAUGUGUUUGUCAAUGUUUUUUACCUCACUGAGCUUCUAAGGAAAAAGAGGACCACUAGAUUCUUCACAGGCUUUUUAAAACUGCAUGAGUUCCCCAUACGGAAAAGAGGGAGUAAGUGGUACGUGAGUAGAGAAGAGUAUCCAGGAAAGACCUACCCGCCAUUUUGUUCCGGGACCGGAUAUGUUUUAUCCACUGAUGUUGCUAGUCAGAUCUAUAAUGUUUCAGAGAGUGUUUCAUUCAUGAAACUGGAGGAUGUAUUCAUAGGACUGUGCCUUGCCAAAUUAAAAAUUCAACUGGAGGAGCUUCAUUCAGAGCAGACAUUUUUUCCAGAAAGGAUUAGGUUCUCUGUUUCUCACUUUAAGAAAAUUGUGAUGUGCCAUGAAGUAGAACCGUCUGAGCAGCUGAGCUACUGGUAUCACUUAGUGACAGAAAAUUACGGAGGAGUGCUCUAGCACCUUCGCUGCUCGAAUUAACAAACUUAAAUGCUCUGCAUUUGCAGGGCUGCUCUCGACUCCAGCAAAACUCCCAAUUAACUCUAGACCCAUCAUGUUAAAGGCUUUUUUAAUGGUUAUUUUAAUCUGCAUUUCUGCCCAAGAACCCAAGAACACGCAAACUUCUUUCUCUUCCAUUUACUCCCACCUCUUUGUAUCCCUUCUCUACACAAGUUACAAUUGUUAUUUUUUUUUUCUGAAAGAUGCAGGCCUGCAAACCUGCCCUUUCCAUGGACCAGCUCUCCAAAUUUUGCUGCUACAGGACUGGGAACAUUUCUGCAGUGCCAAACUAAAAGUCAAAGUACUUUUGUUCAGAGCAAAAAAUGUGCACCCUCUUCCUGGUUCCCCUUGAUAGAUUACUGCAUUUGCACCCAUCUGUGCAAGCAUUUAUGUAAAGGUGUUUGUAGCUGUCAGGACAUUCCCCACCUGGCAGCCAGCUUUGUGUGGGCAGAACUGCAUACUGGCACAGAUCCCUCCUUCAGUCCACACAGUUUUUUGCAGAGAUGGGAGAAUUUGCCCAUGCAGCGCUCCUGGGACAAUCUUAGGUAUCACUGGUCACCUGGUGAAUGCGUAAGGCUACUGCAUUUGUUUCCCUAUAUGUGCCUCCUGCCAAAAAUGAUAUGUGGUAGAGCCGGAUCUGUGCUCAGUGGAGAGUGUCCUGGUCUUUCUAUUAAAAUAGACCCCGGAGACAUCUUUUAUAUUUGUGUCUCAGUUUGAUUGCUUGAAAGCUACUGUAAGUGGUUUGCCAAGGUUGAACUAGAGUCGCUUACAGUGAGCUAAACAGUACAUCUGAUUUAGACAUUUUUCCCUAUAAGGAACCAGGUGUGUAAGGCAGAGAAGACAGGAGGAUUUUUCUCUUUUAAACAAGACCUAGUGGGAAAAUGUGCCCAAAUAAUCAUUCUGACUGGGAGACUCAUUUCUUGUUUUAUUUCUAAGAAAAGACUCAUGAAAUCACUAGGAUGUUUGUAGGUUUCAGAGAUAAGGAACUGAGUCUUUACAGGAGAUGCUGUGAAAAAUAUAUUUGGGCUAUCAGGAGGGAAGAGGGAAGUUCAUAAAAUCAUGUCUUAUGCAGUAUUCCUAUUUGAUUUACUUUCACACAAAGAAAAGAUCAGUUUUACCAGCAAAGAAGUAUCAAAUACCUAUCCUAUGUGUGAAAUGUUUUUUUCAGAGAGCAGUAAAAGCAGGGCUGCUCCCUAGGGAAGAUGAGCCGGGAGCCAAGGGGAUCUGACUGCCAGCAGGGCUCAGCCCCACACACCCAUGCAAGGGAGCAGGACAGACCCACAGAAGGUGGCCAGGUCCAACCAAGAGUGUCCCAAUCAUAAGGAGGUAUCGUGGUGAUGAGGUAGGUCUGAGGUCAAGCCAGUAAUGGCCAGGCCCUGGUGAUGACAGCUGGGGGUCAGGCCCAGCGUGGGGAACCAGGGCCAGGCGCUGCCCCAGGAUGGGGUGAAGACAUAUGCUGAAUGUGGUAAAAAGCAUGGAGGAAAGACAGGGAAAGAUAUUUUAUUACUUUGGGGUUAUUUAUUGUUUCUUUUCUUUUUAUUGAAGUUUGUGAGGACUGUCCAAGUGUCUCUUUUUACUUCCCUGUGUCUGAAGAGCAGAAUAAAUACUUUCAGCAGGACUAUGCCUCAUCCUGAAAAGUGUUUAAUAGUGGUAAUAAUAUAUUAUUUCUUUUCUUCUGAUGUAGAGUAACCUGAGCUUAUGCACUUAUUUUUGACAACUCAUGAUGAAAGAAAUAAUAUUUAUUUCUUUGGUGGAAGAAUAAUCUUUAUUUUAAGUUUCCCAUUCAGAAAAUAGCUGUGUAUAAGGUGUUUGCAGGGACAUGGCUAUCCAGGUGGGCAGGUGGGUGAUAAAGGAAGCGUUUGCCUUUCCCUAGCGCGUACCCUGUGCCAGGGGGUGGGCAGUCCAACUCCGCGUUGAACAGCAUCUUUCUGCCUCCCAUCCCAAAUUUGCAGAUGUAUCUGCCCUCGGACACAAAGCCCUGCUGUGGCACAUCUACUUUUGCUGCUGCCUUCAGUGUGAUGGGUCAGGCUGAUAAAGGCUAGCAACGGCAUUUUAAUCACUAUUCUUUCCACGUAACCUGCAGAAAUGUCUUUUUGCCAUUCAUUGUUAUUGCAUCCAAGGUGCAAGCUGACUAUUGCUUUAAUUUAUGAAGAAAUGUUGAACAUAAAGGAGUGCUUCUUGGCCUCUCCUAGCUCCCCCUCUUCUGGGGCAGAAGGUCUGUGAGCUGUGACAGCAUAGUGCAGCUUAAUGUUCAUCCUGGCCUCUUUUCAUUCUCAGAGAAAUAAUCCCACAGUCCCUUGUGGGUCUCAAUUCCACCUCUGUGCCUGGUGCCAAUCUCAUCCCAGCUGGCAGGACCAGCCCAACCAUGUAGUCCCAGGGAGCCUGUAUCUCUGCAGAAUAGCUAUUCGUUUACAUAUGAAUGGGUUGACUUGUUCAGCUCCACCAGAUGUUGAGAUCCAAGAAGCAUGGUGGCACCUGGCUCCUGGCAUGGUGUAGCUGCUGGUCUUCUGUCAAGGCUGAGUUUAUGGCCAAAGGGUAAAGACUCCCAUCAGGAGAGAGUAUUUUGGGUUGCUUCCCUGAAUGAUGGCUGCUUGUGAGUGGCAUUAAAAUAUGUCUUAUCUGAGCAGUUUAUGGCUUUGUAUCAUAAAAAAAAGUUACCUUUGAGGGCCAGGUUCUGUUAGACUUCUUGACUGUCUUUUAUUUUAGUUCAGGAGUGCUCUUAAUUACUUGAAUAUAGAUACUAGCUGGGAAGGUGGUGCUAUUCUCUGUUAAUCACAUUUGCAGAUGCUACCCCUAUAUUUUUGGGGCUAAAUUCAUAGCUACCGUGCCAUUGGGAAAAGGUCCUCAGGCAUGUUUUAAGAAGCCAUCCCAUUCUGGAUACUAUUCCCAGGGAGUCUAUUUGUAAUUUCAAGUGACUCGUGCAAGAUGCUUAUCUCUUUAUUACUUCAUUUGAAAUAUUUUGUCCCCACUGAAUAUAUGUUGUUAAGCAUCUAAUGGCCUGCCUAUCUGAAGCAUUUGGCUUAUCACUGCUAAAUCUCCGAUAAGGAGCAAAUGAGAACAAGUUGAUAUGUUAUGGAUUCAGAUAGCCUGUUCCUUUCCCUUUUGCAAAUUAGCUUCCCAAGUGAAUGCUUUAGGUUGCUGCACAUUAUUUUCCUCAACAUAUGAUUUUCUUUGUGCUCACAUAAAUUAGAAAUUGAUUUCAUACUUCUCCCCAUUCAGUAGGCUGCUUUGAAUAAGAAUAUAGUAAAUGAAUAAUUAAUUACUUAAAAUAAAAGGUUAUCCUGCUGGAAAAGGUAAUUUAAGAAAAGUAGCUCAUUGCAUGUAAGGCAAAUUCAUUUAUUUAAACAAAGCCACUGUGCUAGUUAGUUUAUAUGUAUCAGUUAAAUAAAAUCAGCUUUUGCAGCGUAGGCCUCAGAUCAUGACUUUUAACACAAUCGGCAUCAGUGGCCUUUUGCCAAAUUAUGUGUAUUUUCCUAUGAAAGACCAUCACAGAAAAAUCCAAAAUAUAGCUAGAAUUGUAAACACAAUACUGCAGUGUACAUAUACUUAUUUUUAAAAUUUUGUAUAGGCUAAUAAAAGAUUUUAGGUAAUUUUGGGGCAGUUUAUCUGUAAAAGUAGUGCACUAGCCUAACAUUUUUAUGCCUUCUGGUUCAGAUGAUCAUUAAACCAGUUUUUUAUUAAUAGCUUUGGAAAGUUACUCUGAGAAAUUACUCCAGUGCUUCUCAUCUAGUAGGAAGGAGUGUAAAAAUCAGCAGAGCUGAUAGUGUCCUAGAGUUGGUUAGAGUUGUGCAUUUCAGCAUACUCUAUUUCUUCCAACACAAGAUCACUAUUUGAGUACAGAAAAAUGAAUACAUUUUUCACAAUUCUAACUCAUUAACUGACAUAUUUGUAGUUUAGGUUAGGAUUUUAAAAAAUGUCCAUGACUGAUUUGGUCACAUAUCUCAUCUGAUUCAGUAUUACUGUGGAAGUAUAACUCUUCUAGGCACUUUUGAGAAUAUAGAGUAGAUUUUUGUAAUGAAACAUUUGCCUUAUGUAAAAGCUGAACAGAACACAAGGGCUAACUGUCUGUAAUGGAUCUGAUAGGAAUGCUGCUCUUUUGGAUUUGUGAGGGUUACUAUAUAAUGUUAAUAUAAAAUGCGUGACAAUGUUUGCAUUAUUUGCAUAGAACAUGAGAAUGUUGAGCUAACUAUUCAAUGUAUGAUAUUUUAGUAAAGCAUUUUGUUACCACAA